ACCUCGUGACCAAGCUCUGGAUCCACCAUGAUCCUUUAACCAGCGCUCCCUUGUUACGAGUGACUAAAAUUUUGUAGUGACUUCUUGUAGUUACGAGUGACUAAAAUUAAAAAUACUAUAAAAAAAUCAACCAAAAAGCAAAAAAAUUUAAAAAAUCACAUUCGUUAAAGAAAAGGGUGGGACGAAAGCCGUUUAUUCGAUGAAUACGCGCCACGCUUUUCUUUCACGAAUGUGUUAGAUUUUUUCAAUUUUUUUUUUGAUUUUUAGUUGAUUUUUUUUUAUAUUAUUUUUAAUUUUUGGUCGCUCGUAAGUAAAGAAAAGCGUUUCUUAAAAGUUUUGUUUCAUAUUUUUAAUUUUUUUAUAAGAUAUCUUGAUUUAGCUAUAAGUUUUUUAAAGUUGAAUAAGUUAAAAUUUAUAAAAGGCAUGUUUACAAGAUGAAAAUGCUUGCCGAGUUAAAAUUAAUUGAAUAUUUUAUGGAUUUUAGUGACGCUCAAAGAUGCUGGAAGAGCCGUACCUUUCUCAAAUAUUUUCGGCAGUUGAAAUUUUAGGGGAAGGGUAUUUUGGUACUGUGUACAAGGCUCAACACAUAUCUGAGAACAAGAACUAUAUCUGAGAACAAGAAAAGGGUGGGUCGAAAACCGUUUAUUAGCUGAAGACGCGCCACGCUUUUCUUUCACGAAUGUGUUAGAUUUUUUCAAUUUUUUUUUUGAUUUUUAGUUGAUUUUUUUUUAUAUUAUUUUUAAUUUUUGGUCGCUCGUAAGUAAAGAAAAGCGUUUCUUAAAAGUUUUGUUUCAUAUUUUUAAUUUUUUUAUAAGAUAUCUUGAUUUAGCUAUAAGUUUUUUAAAGUUGAAUAAGUUAAAAUUUAUAAAAGGCAUGUUUACAAGAUGAAAAUGCUUGCCGAGUUAAAAUUAAUUGAAUAUUUUAUGGAUUUUAGUGACGCUCAAAGAUGCUGGAAGAUCCGUACCUUUCUCAAAUAUUUUCGGCAGUUGAAAUUUUAGGGGAAGGGUACUUUGGUACUGUGUACAAGGCUCAACACAUAUCUGACAACAAGAACUACGCCAUAAAAAAAUUGAAAGCAGAUAAAAUUUCUGAAUCCGAAAAAUUCAAAGAAAUAAGAAAUUUCGAACACGUGGGGUACCACCCCCACAUUGUAAAUUACAUCAUGGGAUGGGAACAGGAAGCUGACAUAUACCUCAUGAUGCAGUUAUCCCACACGAGUCUGGUAAACUACGUUAAAAUCACCAAUGAUGUUCCAGAAUUCGUCUUUUGGGACUGCAUCGGUGAUGUAUGUCUCGCUUCUAUCUACCUGGCAGAAAGACGUUUGGUCCAUUACGAUAUCAAGGAAAAUAACAUCCUAAUACACGGAAAAAACCUGGUACAAAGAAGUGGCUGA